CGAAGAAGAGUGUUAAACCAGUUGAAGGCAGUGCCGCGACAUGCUCGCCUCAUUAAUUCCGUUCUUCUUAGUCGCCCGUAUGGCGGUCGACGAGACCGUGUGGAAGCACGGGCCGGAGUACGUCUUCGACGUCGAGAUGAACUUCACGUCGAUCCCGAUGAACCACGACGCGGUAAAACGAUCGAACUACACCGCGAUGAACCUCUUCUGCAGACCUAAAGGACCCGAUUCCCUGAACUGUCAGACGGGCAAUUGUCGCGGUCAGACCGUGGACAUGACCAACGACAAUCAACUGGACGUCUCCGAGGAGGACUACAAACAACUCUGCAACGAGGAUCCGUUCGAGAUCAAGUUCAACCAACGUGGCGUCGAAUACAUGAUCGUCAACGAGGGCAUACGCGUCUACACACUGAACGACCUCAAACUGAUCGUCGAGUGUCUGAGCAUCGGAGUGGAUUUGAACGGUGUGCCAGACGGGAUCUUCCAGGUUCCAGAGAACACCACGAUCGGUCGUUGCAACGUGAACGUCGGGAUCAAUCACUAUCCGUCGAAAGGAGUCGCUAGCAAGAUGAGGAGCUAUCGCUACGAGCUGGAAUCGCUACCGCAGCUGAACAAAGUGCCCGGCGAGGCUAUUGUGAUCCAGAAGACGAUCAAAUUGAACAACUGCAGCCACUACGCUCCGUUCUACUUUGGAUCCUAUGGAGACAAUGUCGUCGAACCGGACCUUCAGUCCCAUUUGGAAAGCUCGUCCAGUCGCAUUUUCGUGUCCGACGUCCAGUUCGUCUCGUCGAUCACGAGGACAGGGACAAUGGGCUCGGACAGGAUGAACAAUCUCGUCGCCAUCUCGGAAUACAUAAGCGUUACGUUACGGGACAUUCGAGGCGCGAAAUGGGCACCGUCUGAAAUCCCCGAGGCAUCGAAGACCAGCAUCGAGAUGAACGCGGACGUGAAUAGAAUUUACGCGAUGAAGUAAAUUUUAAACAUUGUUUUCGCAGUACAUUAUUUUUUUUUUUCAUAACAAUCCAUCCAUUUGCAAUUACCGACCAGUGGUUUAGUUAGAAAGAUCGUCAAUGUAAAGUGUUCCUUCGACACCGUAACGUGAAAUAAAUCGAAGCCUCUGACUGCAGAGUGAAACACCAGAGUGAAACGAUACUUUGCGAAUUAUUAGAAGAAUAUUUACUGUGUAACACCGUCGAGAAAUAAAGUUAUAGAAAUUA